AUGAGUGUGGGAAGCAGCUCAGUUUCCCAACAAGACGGGUCAUCGACCUCGAGCGUUGCCAACACACGCCAGCCAGGCCCAUCGGGUGGCGACUCGACCUCCAGCGUCGUCAAUGCCUCUCUGCAAGGCCCAGAUGCACAUACUGUCUCGGAAUUAGCUCCUGAUCAAGAGUCCGCUUUAAAGUCAUCAGCACCAGAGAAGGCAACUCAAUUUACCGCCCCAUCAACUCUCCUCACAUCCCUGUGGUCCCCCAUCAGCUCGCUUCUGCAACGACCCGCAGCGGACGCACAGCAAGACCCAGAAACAGCAUCUUCCGAGCAACAAAAUGGGCGGGAAACACCUUCCACUCCGAUUUCAUCACUCAGUCAACCCCCGGAGCCCUACUAUGCCCCCGUGGAAGUCCCCAGCUUCAAAGCGCUCCAGAAAAAACGGCUCUCCGGGACCCGCACCAAACAGCUUCUCCGCGCUGCGUCUCGCGCGCACGAUGAUCCCCCACCGCCGCCAGAACUGGGUUCUUGCUGUGGGAGCUCGUGCGAUCCGUGCGUAAACGAUCUCUGGAAGGAGGAGAGAGGAGUUUGGCGGGAGCGAUGGGGAGAUCGGAGGAUCGAGAAGGACUCUGCGGGGGGACGGGGAGGAAGGAAUUGGAGUGGUAAGAGUGUUGCGAAAAUGCCCUGUGAAUAA